UACUCUCAGUCAGUACUCGCACGCCGUAUCGUCAGCGUUAACUGCUUUGCGCCGGUCAUCGACGUCGUGUGUUCCGUCAGUCGUUUCGAAUUUCUUGUGUAGUUUUUCUUUCUUUAAUUUUAAUAUUUUCCGAUCGUUUUUACGAAAAAAAAAAAAAAUCUUUUUUGACGGAGUUUUUUUCUACGACGAUUUUUUAAUUUUAAUUUUAUUGUAAAAACUAUUAUUACCGGAGUUUUUUUUUAAUCGUCAAAUUUUUAGUUUGGGUUUUUUUUAUUCGUGUGAUGUUUGAACGAGUGCAGACGAUCGGAUACCGCGGAGAUUUUCUGCAACAGAUCACUUAAGGAUCAGGUUUGUGACUCGAUGGCGGCAGAGGAUACGGGCGAACGGCUUGGCCGAUCACGGACGUCGGUGGGCCGUUGGGCCGCGGCCGGGGUUCUAUGCCUGACGGUCGCGGUAUACGCAUGGCACGCGCACACCUCGCUGGAGCACCGUGUGACCACGCUGGAGACUAUAGUGGCCGGCAUGCAGAAGCAGCUGGUCGAAUACCAAAUGGCAUCACAGCCGCUAAGAAGCAAGCGGGACGCGACGUCCGGACAAUGUUUGUGCCCUCCCGGGCCUCCUGGUAAAAGGGGAAAACGAGGCAAGAAAGGUGAUCAAGGCGAACCGGGACCGGCGGGCCCGGCAGGUCCUCCUGGAAAAAAUGGUUUUCCGGGUCCCAUCGGCUUGGACGGACCAAAAGGCGACGCCGGUCAUUCUGGCGAAAAGGGACAGAAAGGCGAUUCCGGAGCGCCGAACUUUGACAUAUACGCCGCGGUCAAGGGAAGCAGCAGUAAACGAUCUGUGACCACACUGAGAGGAGGUACUCUCGGAUACGCAGAAAUCGUAGCCGUUAAGGGUGAACCAGGAGAACCGGGACCGCCAGGACCGGUCGGUGCACGAGGACCCGAGGGCGCAAUGGGGGUAGAAGGUAAACAAGGACCACCCGGAGCUCCAGGUUUGGUAGGACCUAAAGGCGACCGAGGCGAACAAGGACUGCAGGGCACACCCGGUCUACCGGGCCCUGUUGGCGAGAAAGGCAUCAAAGGCGACAAGGGUGACCGAGGCUUGACAACGACGCUGAAGGGCGAUCAGUUUCCCACCGGCAUAAUCGAGGGACCGCCAGGACCUCCAGGACCACCUGGAUUACCAGGUCGCAAUGGCACGGAUGGGAUUUCAGAACCAGGCUUACCAGGACCCCAAGGACCUCCUGGCUUGCCGGGCACGGCUGGUCCUAAAGGUGAAAAGGGCGAUUACGGAGAUAUUGGUCCUCCCGGUUUAAUGGGACCUCCAGGCUUGCCAGGACCUCCUGGUUAUCCAGGACAGAAAGGUGACAAAGGCGAUAAAGGAGAGUCGAAAUAUAACAACAAGAAGAUCAGGAGACGUCAAUUCCAAGGGGACGGCGCUUUUGAACCAGCAAACGAACCGAUGGUGGGACCUCCUGGACCUCCGGGACCGUCAGGGCUUCAAGGUCCGCCGGGCAUCAAGGGCGAACGAGGCCGAGACGGAGAUAAAGGCGAAACCGGCGAAAAAGGCACUAAAGGCGAUCCCGGACCAAUGGGGCUACCGGGGCCAAUGGGACCAAGAUCAGAAUCGAUUCCGGGCAAACCCGGUCCCAUGGGACCUCCCGGAUUGGACGGAAUGAAGGGUGGUCAAGGGGAACCUGGUACCAAAGGGGAACGUGGAGAUCCUGGCCUGCCUGGUACGGAUGGCAUUCCUGGUAAUGAGGGUCCUAAAGGAGACAAAGGCUACAAAGGCGAGCCGGGCCCGGUCGGCAAGAAAGGCCGAAAAGGAGACAAGGGCGACAAAGGCGACCAAGGAGUGCCGGGUCUGGACGCACCGUGUCCGAUCGGUUUGGACGGUCUGCCGUUGCCGGGAUGCGGUUGGAGACCUCAAAAGGAGACGACGACCACGACUAAGUCGUACCGCUCGUCGUCGAUAACACACACAACAGAGGCGCCGCACGAUGAGUACGACGAAGGUGCCGACGAGGAGACGGCCGGAGACUAUGGAGAUACCGAGUACACUGAAGAGUCGAACAACUAUGACCCAAGUGUUAAAAAAUAACCUUAUCAAGAAAAGCAGCGUCGACAACAAUAUAUUGUCUUAGAUCAGUAUCUGUGGCUAUCGGACAGCAAGCUGUUGGACGUACCUACAUUGAUACAAAUAUUAUACAUUAUCGUAAAAUGUGUAAAUAGUUAUUUAAAUUUUAAAAAAAGUAGUUUUUCUAUUUUUAUAGAAACCGUACGAACGAUUAUAAAUUAGUGAUGAGAAUCCGAAAAUCCGGAUUUUUCAAAAAAACGCUUUUUAAGUCAUUUGAAAAUCAUAUAAUUGUUAAAUACUAUUACAAUAUAAAGAUGUGUACUUAAGUAAAAUUUGUUGAUAAAAAUUUAAAAAAAAAACUCUUAACUUUGUCUAUAAAAUGCUUUCGGAUUUCGGAUUUCAACAAAUCCGAAAUUCAAAAGCAGUUUAUCUCUUUGGUGUUUUGUUUUAUUUUCACAUAUUUAUCAAAAAAAUGUUACUUAGAUAUAGAGGUUUAUAUUGUAAAAUUAUUUAACACUUAAAUGAUUUUUAAGUAGCUUAAAAAGCGUUUUUUUUGUGAAAAUCCGGAUUUUCCAAUUCCUAUCACUAUUAUAAAUAUACUUUAUUGUCUUCUACUUUUGUGUAUAAUCUCACCAAUGAUUAACUUUGUUAAAUGCCCAGUUCCUCAUUAGGUAACUAACAAUAAUUAAAUCUCUACUAUUAUCGAACAUUGUUUAAGCUCUUAUAUUGUGUUCAAUUAUAUUAAUACUAUUUUUUUAUUAAUAUAUUAUUUUAACUCAGAUUGUUGUUUCUAAUUUCAGUAGAAUGUACAAUUACCUCUGUUAAUGUAUUUUAGUAGAUUAAUAAAAAAAUCAUAAUUUAUAAUUUGCUUUAAGUACUUUAGUUUUCUAUUUGUUAAAAAUAAUGGUUUAAACAGUUAAUUAAGUAAGCUACUUAAGAAUAA